UUGACUCACUCUGAAAAUCUACUUCCAGCCCUCUUUUUUUAGUUUGUCGUUUUAGGAAAAGGUUUUGGCUAAAAUAAGUUGCUUAAAAUCGUAGCUUGCUCAAGUUUAGAACCGUAUUUUUUAUAACGACACACGAAAACCUUUGAAAUCAUUCUCGAGCAGAUAAGUUUGGUGUAGAGAUUGUCUUUUUUGUUGUUGUUGUUGUUGUUGUUUUAACUAGCGUCAGAUGUUACCGUUUACUCGAUGAGUCCUACAAAAUCCUCCGUAUUAUUUCUACAGUUUGAAGUAAAGCAAAGAUGGAAGAGAGGGAAGUGAUGGCGGAAUGCGCCACCGAUGUUUUGGUCAGUUUCCCCGAGUCGCUGCAUCUGUACACAGGACUGCUGACAGUAACUACAGUGUGCGGAGGGCUGUCGGGAAUAUUAGCUGCUGCUCUUUUGUAUGUCUUCUGUCUGAAGCCUUUGCUGUUGACGAGACAAGGUUACAAUGCAAGUAGACUGCUUGAACCUGAUGAUGCUGAAUUAGACAACAACCAAAGGGACUAUGUCAGCAAAUGCAAGGAGGAGCCUCCAAGUGGAACCACUAAUGACAAACAGGAGAAGAAGCAGCCACCCGUGAACAGCGAUGUGGCUGCUUUUGCAUCCAGAGCAAAAGUGGUUUAUCCCAUCAACCAAAAAUACAGACCUUUAGCAGAUGGAGCAUCCAAUCCGUCUCUACAUGAGCACUCAAAGUUGCCAGUGAUGCCUAAUGAAGAGUCGUCCUCCUUCAUGGAUGGAGAGUCUGUGAGCCAAGAGCAGGACAACGAUGGCAGCAGUCAGUUUAUUUUCUCCUCGCUGUUCCCCAAGAGCUUACAGAACCAGAGUUUUAACAGGGUUUCCCACUAUCCCCACACACUGACACAAACAGGUUUUGGAGGUAGGAUCAGCCUUUACUGUUUGGCCCUGCAGGACAUACAACAUUACUGCUCUCAGCUUCAAGACGAAAAAUAUCUGAUUUUUCUGCAGAUGGUGAAAAUAAUAUUGAACUAUCGGUUUCCAAAAGACAAAAAUGAUGCUUCCUUUUCCAAGAAUAUUCUUCAGAUGCAAGAAAAGGAACUGAAUGAGUUGAGGAAACAGUUGACUGCAGGCCAAGCUGUGAGUGAGAAGAGUCACGAUGAUCCAUGCACAUUGGAAGAAAUUGAGAGAAGUCAGAAAGAUCUUCUUGAACGUGGCCUUCAAAUGUCCAAAAGUUUCAGCAAACAGGUGGAGGACUUGUGCCAACAGCUACUUAAGAAGACCAGCUCUUUCUCUCCAGAUGAAGCUCAGAAUGUGAUUCAGUCUCUGAUUCAGACACUUCUUUUAGUAGAGAAGCAUCUGCUGAAGGCUCAAGAAGUAGAUCUAAAGAAAAUGCAACAGAAGUUGUUGUGGUGGGAGGAGCUGACAGGUCUCAUUCAAUCCCAGCCUGCCUACCUAAGACAGGAGGUGACUCUAAGGCAAGGCUUGAUAGCUACAACUCUGGAACAGCUGACAAGCGAUGACAUGUUGAAAUUUAGCCAAAUGGAAAAGAUCCUUUCAAAAAUUCAGGCUACACUGAUUGAAGGCCUUCAGCAGUGCUCUGACGAUUGCAUAAAAAAGACAAAUGAGCUGGUGAAUGAGAAGUGCAGCAAAAAGGUGUCCAAGAGGAAGAAGCUUCAGAGGAGUCACACCAAGGAGAAGAGCCGUGCCUUAGAACUGAAACAGAGUCCGAGUGACCUACAGGAGCUUACCAAGGUAUAUCAUGAGUUGCUGAUGAAGCACAGGCAACAGAUUUGGGACUUAGAGCAGCAGCAGGACAGCAGGGUGGUUGACGGCCUCUGUGACCUCUGGAAGAAACUUAGUACCUCUUGGUCCAAGAGGCUCGGGGAGCUGGCCAAGGAUGUUUUUCUCUCCUCUGUUCCUGCUCAGACAAAGCUACCUGCUGAACACUGUGAGAAACUGUGGCUGGAUCUGGAGCAGGAGCUGUCUGCUCAGCUGCAGCAGGUGGAGUGCACUACCAGGCAGCAACUGGAUGACAUUAGGGCUGAGCUGGAUACAUACGAACAGGUAUGGAGUGAAGGGAUUGCUUUAGGGCAGUCCUGUCUGCAACACCUGAGGGAACAACAGAUGAAGAUCAUCCAAGCCAUGGUAGCCAAACAGAGCUACACACUCAACAGUGAAAUGGGGAAGCUGAUAGAGAAGAAACAUGAGCACUUUCUGCUGGUGGUGCAGAGACACUUUGUGGUCAGACACUUUUGUCUACAUAUGCUGAAAGAGAUGAGGCUGUCCAAGCUGAAGGCACUAUCUCAGACUGAUUUCAGAGCUCUACUAAUAGAAGACCCCAGUAAAAGCCCGCUGUGUGUCAAUUUAACUCUCAAGUCACAGAAUGGCAGGCCCAGCCUUGCAGAGAGACAUCUGGGCCCAGAGAGUCAGCUAUUGGGGAAUAGCUUCCAGCAGGAGUUCCUGUCUGAACUGGAAACGGGAACAGAGCUCCUUCAGAGCCAUGCACAGCUGGUACUAGGCAACACCCUAAGCUAUGCCAUUCAACAAAUGAGGGAAGACCCGCCUACAGAGUUACAGACCGCUUCUAGCCUGAAGCACCACCUGACUGAAGCUGCUGCAGAGAGCGUUUACUUGACCAAAGAUUCUCUUACUUCGCUGGUCCGAAGCUACUAUUCCCACCUACACGAUAUCACCAGAAAACUGCACCAGGAUGAUUCAAACAUAAACCAGGAGGUGAAAGAGGGGCAAGAGAGCAGCAGGGCCUUGCUGAGAGAGCUAAUGAACUGGAGCAAGAAACCCGGAUCUGCUGAAUUCCAACAGAGGGUUGAACUUCACAAAAGAAAGGUGCUGGAGCAAUAUGAUCUGGAUCAGGAGUUGACUUACGAGCAGCUUAAUCAAAAGAAAAUAGCCCAGGAUCAAACCAUGCAAAGGGUCAAAGUAGAGUUACUGGAGGCAGAAAAAAGCUUCAUAACUGAGCUUGCAGCUUUGGCCCGGAUUUCUGUGCAGAGCCAUGAUCCAGAACACAGCAGUGAAGAGGACGACAUUGGUGAUCAGAGUGGCCCAAUACUGGACCUACUGGCCCUUAAUCCAGCAUUAGAUCCAGCUUUGAACCCUUCACUCACCCCGACUGUAGUAACACCAGUGAAGAAUUCAAAACAGAAGAAGGAAAGAAAGCGAGAAUCUCAUCAGAGUUGACAUCAUUCCGCAGCGUUUACAAUUUCCUGCAGUAAUAUUCUGUAAAAGGUUGACUCUUUUUUUUUUUGUUAUAGUUUUGCUCUUAUAAAGCCAAAGUGUCUCUGUUGAUACUAGUAUUGUCAUAAAAAGGUUUAAGUCAGAUUUGAAAUACUGUUAUUCUGAAAUGUUUCCCUCAGUUUUUCUGUAUUUUUAAGUGUAUCAUGACAUAACAACUCACUGAAAGUGA